GGCGGCCACAGAUCACAACGUUGACAACACGACGGCGGUCCUGCGCGAGUGGCUGAAGAACGUGCAGGGGCUGUACCACUACGUGGAGUGGAGACCCAUGGAGGAGCCACGGUCCUACACAGAUGAGAUGGGUCCCAAGCACUGGACGAGCUCGCGGUUCAACCACAUCAUGAAGCUGAGACAGGCGGCACUGAAGGCAUCACGACAGCGCUGGGCAGACUACAUACUGUUUGCAGAUGCUGAUAAUUUCCUGACCAACCGUCAAAUCCUGAACCUGAUGAUCGCAGAAAACCAGACCAUCGUGGCGCCGAUGCUGGAGUCUCGCACCCUCUACUCCAACUUCUGGUGUGGGAUCACCCCCCAG